AUGAUCCAUCAAUUUUGCGAAAAAGUCGACGAAUAUCAAAAAUGCGUCGCCGAAGAGGAAAAAGAACAAAUAACAAUCGAACUGAUGCAAGGAAUGUGUGAAUAUGGGUUCGAAGCUGUGUAUAAGAAUAUUACUUGUUUGUCAAAGGUUAUCACAGAACUGAAGUCCACGUGUAUAUCCAAGCGUGACGCCUGCGCCAUUUCCGAAGAAUGGUUUCAAUGCAGCCUAAUGGUAACCCAAAAUAUCUGCGGUGAAUACCUUGGUUAUGUGAUGGCAGAUUUGCAACAACUAUACUGCCAGAUCUUUCAAGUGAUGACAGCUGAAGAACCUCUGGAAUACGAUUUAAUAUACGCCGAAGAUGAAAGUGAACAAACGGUGGAUCAGUUUUCUAUUAAAAAUCCAAUUGAAACUACGCGAAGACUUUCUACUAAGAAGUCAAUUAAAUCUACCACACCACAUAAGACUAACAGUCCAAUUAUAACUAAGCGACCACAUUCUACUAAAAAGCCAGGUACAACUAAGCAACCACAUUCUACUAAAAAGCCAGGUACAACUAAGCGACCACAUUCUACUAAAAAGCCAGGUACAACUAAGCGACCACAUUCUACUAAAAAGCCAAGUACAACUAAGCGACCACAUUCUACUAAAAUGCCAAGUACAACUAAGCGACUAGCAACCACCACAGGCCAAGUUACAACUACGAAUUCCGUAAGAAUCUUUUAA